AUGGAUCAAAAAUAAAAGGUACAAUCAUUAAUGAACAAUUAUGUAAAGAAAGAAAUUAACAGAUAAGGAGUAGUGAAUGUAAAAGUUUACUUAAACAAUGAAUUAUUACAUUCAAUCUCAUUUCCAACUUUAAAUCAAACUACAUAAAAUUUAGUGAACCAUUUAAAAAAUUUGUUAAACUCUCCAUUAGUAGUUGGAUUUUAGACAAUAGAUUAAAACAUACCAUUGGAUUUCUACUUAACAUAGAAUUAAGAUUUAGGAUUUCUUACAAAUUAGACAAUUUAAUUAAAACCAUUACAUACAAUAUAAUAAGGUCUUAUUUCUUUGGAGUCAUUUUAUUUUUUAUAAUGUAUAGGUGUAGGAGGGUUUUCAAGAGUAUAUUUAGUAAGAUGUAAAUCAAAUGGUUAAUUUAUGGCAUUGAAAAUGAUUUCAAAACAAUUCAUAUAAGAACAUGAUAAAUUCUAAAUAAUUUAGAAUGAGAGAAAUAUAAUGGUUGCUUUAGCUGAACAAAGCAAUUCACAUCCAUUUUUAUGUAAAUUAUUAUGUGUAUUUGAAACAAAAAAUUGGAUUUGUUUUGCCUUGGAAUAUUGUCCUGGAGGUGAAUUAUUUUAGUAAUUAAAAAGAGUAAAAAGAAUGGAUGAACAAUAGGCAAAGUUUUAUUUUAGUCAAGUUUGUUUGGCAAUUCAUCAUUUGCAUGAAAAUGGAAUAAUUUAUCGAGAUAUAAAACCAGAGAAUAUUCUAAUAGAUUAAGAUGGAAAUAUAAAAUUAGCAGAUUUUGGUUUAGCAAGACCAAAUAUGAAAGAUGAUUUAUUAGCUUUUUCAUUUUGUGGAUCUCCAGAAUAUAUGGCACCGGAAAUGUUAUUAAAAUCAGGACAUAAUUAUUAAAUCGACCAUUAUUGUUUAGGAGCCCUUCUUUAUGAAUUAUUAACAGGUCUACCUCCAUAUUAUUCAAAUAAUCCAGAAUAGAUUUAUAAAAAUAUUCUUUAACAUGAAUUAACAUUACCAAAUAAAAAUUGCAGCAUUGAAUCCAGAGAUUUAAUGUAGAAAUUAUUAUAAAAGGAUGUUUUUAAUAGAUUAGGAAAAGAAUAUGGAAUUUAUGAAAUUCUAAAACAUCCUUGGUUAUAAGAUAAAUCAUUAUAUAAAAUUCUUAAUAGAUAGUAUGAACCACCUUUUAAACCAGAUCUAAUGAAAAUGAAUUUUGAUUUAAAUGAAAUUAAUAAAGGAGAGAAUAAUUUUUAAAGGGAUCUUUAAAAAUCAUUGAAUUCAGAAAAUGAAAAUGUAUUUACUCCUUUUUUUUAAAAUUUCUAUUUUUCUUCAAUUACUUAAAAACCAUAGAUUAGAUCAGCUUCAAUAACCUAAAUAAAUUCAUCAAAUAUAGAUGAUAAAAUUAAUACUUUAUUAAUUAAUAGUAAAGCAAAGAAUGUUUUAUAAACUCAUACUGCAUCAUAACCUAAUAUACAUAGUUAAUUAAAAUAAAAAAAGGUUUCUUAAGAACGAAAUUCUGAUAAUAAUAAAGAAAAUAUAAUGAAAAAUUUUAGUUCUUUAAUAACAAAAACAUGCAAAAAACAUAAAAAGAAUAAUUAAAGCAUGCCUGAUUAAAGUUGUGCAAUAUCUUCUGAAAUGAGAUCACUUUCAACUUAGAAAAUAAUAGAAUCUUAAAAAGUGCCAUAAACAUUUAAUACUACUUUAUUAAAAUCUUAAUUUACAGAAACUGAUGAUGAUUCAAGUAUUAACAAAACUCAUAAAACUCUCUUUGGAGAAGCAAAAAGUUUGAAUAAAAACUUCACUAAUUAAUGCACAUUAUUGAGAUUUUUCAAAUAAUGA